AUGGGGGCACUUAUUGUUCUUAUUCGAAAAGAGGCGCAACAAGUGGUUUCACUUCGACUUCCCGAAACUAGAGAAGGCCUGCAAUCCUCCAGCGAUAUGGUUAGCAUCAGCAAACAAGUUAACCAACUGUGUAUCUGCGUUCCUGGCAAACCUCAAGCAAUCCUUGUGCAAUUCGAGAAUACGAGAGACUUUAGUGUUGCUGUUUGCCUGCUGCAGAAGGCUGGCUUCCAUAUCAACGAUACAUUACCGGCGUCACUCCUCACAAAUCCCCCAGCGCACAACUAUGGCCCACUGCUGUCAUCUAUCACACCCCUAUCUCUCUUACCGUUGAAUACAACGAGGGGACCAGAGACUCAACAUGACCUGUCGUUCGCUGCAAUGCUAGCCCAUCCUUCCCAACAUUCUCAACCAUCGGCUAUUUCCAAUCCGUGGGUCUCACAUACUCAGGGAUAUGCGUCGUUUCCAGUUCAACCAAAUCCUGUCGCUAACCAGGUAGUAAAUCUACCGCCAGCUGCGGCACAGUUGAACCCAUACAACAUGUUCCUUGGUGGAGGAAACGCAUACUCGCACGUAUCUCACGUGAGCUCGCCUCUCGGGCAUUCCUUUGUUCCUAACUCACAGUCGACUCAUUGGCCUGGCAAUGAUACUGGGCCAUUUUCUAGCCCAAAUGCGCCAACUCCAGAUCUCGGCUUGCAUGACCCCGUUGUGCAUGGGAACUUCGGACUAAUCAGCCCCGAAAACUCGCAGAACAACAAUGUGAGCAGUUACAUGGCUAAUGGGCAGGUGCAAAAGACAACAUCAGAUGAGCCAGUACACUACCAGUCACCUCAAAACAAGCCAGAAGAAUACCGGGAUCUGAUGCCUCAGCCAAGAACGCUACCUUUUGAGUCAAGUAAGAAGGGUUACAAAGCAGGCGGAAGAUCCAAGCCGCAAGGGACUAAACAAGCGGAAGCUGUUAAACCCCGAAAGCCCAGGAAAACGGGCACGGCAACUCAAUCUAUUACAAGGGUAACAGCAAACGGUCCAAAGAAAGCUCAGCCUAUAAGUAUUACUCGCAAGGAAGUAAACGUUGAGCAACGGCAGUCAAGUGUGGGGGACAUAGCAUCGGAAAAGAUCGUUGUUCAGUCGGAUUCGAACCACAAACAGGUAGAAGGCGCUUCAACGCCUCCUGCCAAUCCUUCGCUUCCCCCAAGGAAGUCUAAGCAAGAUAUAUACGAAGACGCUCAAUGCCAAACGGAUAUGCAACCGGAACCCAAUGGUGUGGGUGGCUCUUCAAAAACUACAGCCUUUGUAGAACAAUCUUCGGACCACGACGUUUCACCAUUGGUCGUUGUUACUGAUCCUGAUACAUUGAGAGACUUACACGAAGCAACUGCAAAGCUAUUUGAAGAGUAUGAAAGGGGGGUUGAGGAUGGUGGAGAUCAGGUGCGGCACGCAAAACUAUACUUGCGUCAGAUCUGGGAGAAGAGGAGAGACUUCUGGUUGAGACAAUUUCAGGACAACAUGAGUGUACAGUUGUAUAGCCAGACAGGCGAAUCGCUUCAGCCACCAGACAGUGCUGCUUAA